GAGAUUGGUUAGUGCCACUUCAUUCGAUCUCAGAACGGCCAUUGGGAGACAUUUGUUCAGGUGACAAAAUGAAGACCAUUCUUAUAUUUCUUGCCACGUUUGCCGUGACACAAGCCACAACUGUCACGUUAUCAGCUGGCGACGUGGCUGCCUUCCUUAAGGCCCACAACGAAGUGCGGGCCGGGCUUCAACUCCCACCCGUGGCAUGGAACGACACACUUGCCGACUUCGCCACCGACUACACAGGCAAAUGUGUGUUCAAGCACAGCCACGGCCCAUACGGGGAAAACAUGUUUACAUCCGGACCCCUCAACACCAACGCCACUGAACUAGCCUACAAAAGCGCCGCUUCAUGGAAGAGUGAGCUGGCCAAUGUAGACUUCCCAGCCUGGAAAUGUGUCAGUAGCUCACCAACCUGUGGCCACUACUCACAGAUGGUUUGGAAAGCAACCAAUCAAAUCGGCUGUGCUAUCGCUCAAUGUGGAGGCAAGGCCGGAGUGCUACCAAAUUUAGUUAUCUGUGAAUAUAUUCCACGUGGUAAUUACAUCGGCCAACAACCAUACUAGUGCCUUGUCCUGGCAUCAACAAGUGUAACAGUUUCCUGCAAUAGGCUAAACCCUCCAUGUCAAUGUCUCUUGUUCUGUGAUUGACCUACAUGGCUAUGAAGAUAUCUUCUAUCUCUUUCUGCUGAAAUUUUAUUUUUGUAUAAAUAAAUUAAACUAUAUUUAU